AUGAAAAUGCAGAAGGAAAGGGAAGUGAAGCAAGCUCAUCUAGCCCUGGAGAUAAGCAAGCUAGUAAGGGUCAUGACACUGAAAAGGGUGGGGGCAACCCCCUACCUAAUGGAUAAUAUUGGAUGCUGGAAUGUAAGGGGCCUAAAUAGGACAGCUAAGCAGAAAGAAGUCAACCUAUUUCUGCACAAUGUUAAGGCUGGACUAUUUGAGAUCCUGGAGACAAAGAUUAAGAGAACAAAGGCUCAACAAGCCUCUCUUAAUCUUUGUACUGGGUGGUCAUUCAGUACAAAUCUGCAUAAGCAUCCUAGGGGUAGGAUUUGGUUGUUAUGGAAACCUCACAUCUAUGAGGUUGAUAUAAUAACAGUAACUGCACAAAUAAUUCACUGUCAAGUUAAGCAUGGAGGAAGGAAUGAGAUGAUGCACAUAACUGUGGUGUAUGGAUUUGAUGAUCAGGCACUUAGAAGAAACCUAUGGGAGGAGAUAAGGAAACUCUAUAGCCAAGUUCAAGGGCCAUGGAGUGUAAUGGGGGAUUUCAACUGUGUACUACAUAAGGAGGAAAGGAUAGGGAGUCCUGUCACAGUAACUGAAAUAAGGGACUUUAAGAGCUGUGUAGAGACUUGUGACCUACAUGAUCUAAAGUCCACUGGUGCUUAUUUCACCUGGAAUAACAAACAAGAAGGGGAGGAUAAGGUAAUGAGUAAGAUAGAUAGAGUACUAGUUAACAGUGACUGGGUAACAAAUCUCCCUGCUUCAACAGUCCAUUAUAUAGAAGAAGGGUUGUAUGAUCAUUGUCCUGCAAUUAUCAGCUGGGAAAAAGGAGGGAACAAGAAAGAGAAGCAGUUCAAAUACUUUAAUAUAUGGAGUAUGGCACCAGAAUUCUCAGAGAAAGUAGAGGAAAGCUGGCAAGUAAAGAUAACAGGUUGCAAGCAAUACCAACUAGUGGGGAAGCUGAAUAGACUAAAAAGAGUAUUAGGGAAGAUCAAUAAGAACAGAUUUAGUGAAGUGGAAAAGAAAGCAGACCAAGCAAAGCAGGAACUUACAGAAUGUCAAGCUAGAAUCCAGGCAAAUCCUAGAGAUCAUGAGCUACAUAAACAUGAGAAGGAACUGGCAAGGGCAUAUAGCAGAUGGGAAGAAGCUAGAUAUCGGUAUCUAAGGCAGAAGAGUAAAAUUCUUUGGGCAGAACAAGGGGAUCAUAACACAAGAUACUUCCACAACAACAUUAAGGCAAGGAGAAACAACAACAGAAUCUUCUCUAUAAAGGAUGCUGAUGGAGUUAAUGUCACAGACAUGGAAAAAGUUGCUACCACUUUCAUAGAAUUCUAUACAUCCCUACUAGGCACUAGUAAGGAUGAUAGAUAUCAUGUGUGUAGACUACAGACCAAUAGCUUGUUGCAAUACAAUAUACAAGGUGAUAUCAAAAAUGCUUUGCCAAAGACUAAAGAGGGUACUGCCUAA